UUGUUAUGAACCAAGAGACGAAAGAGAACCCGAGGAACCCGAAAGAGAAAAAUGCCGACAUUGCGGAGAAUAUGUUGAGGAGUGCGAAUGUGAAGAGGAUAUUGAUAAUGGGGAUGAUGUUGAGUAUGAAAGCCCACGCAUGGAAAGAGGAGCCGCGAGAAUUAAGCGGGGAGAAAGCAGAAUAAUAAGAAAUGCCCGAGCGAGACCAACCGAAAAAGAAAAGGGCAAAAACAUUGUAGUUGAAGCAAAAAAUAGUUAUAUCAUGGUAAAAUAUUUUGAUAAAAACACCCCGCCCAUUUACUUCAAAGACCUAACCCCCCAACCGACCCACGGAGAUAAGGCCAAAAAAGGAAAAUUGUUGGAGGAGUUAAAGAAUGUAGUAAAGGAAGGAGACCGCCCGAGCGAUGUAAAAAGAAAAGUUAAAGAUAUUCAGUUAAGAGAUAGUAUGGGACAAGAACAGACCCAAUUAUAUUAUAAUUUUGCGUGCGAGUUGUGCGAACAAUACCGAAGGCAAGAACACCGAAACUUCGUAAAGUUAGAGGGAAUUGGAUUAGACCCGAAUAAAGUUUAUAUUGUUUGUGAUACUUGUAUUGAUACAGGAAGGGCGAAUACAAUAACCACCUCUAAACUUGAUAUUGAUGUUAAGACUUCCCAUAGUAAAGUUAACAAGAAAACAGUAUCAGACCCGCAGACGACCGAAUAUUCAACCAUACCUCAUACGGCAGGAGAGGAUAUGAUUGGCAACACCUUCGGGCGUUCUCAAUUAGUAGACCAAAAGAAAACGGACAAGAAAAAAUUAACAGUUGAGGAAACCACAGGGCGGAGAGUUGUUGAAGGAGAUGCCGUGCGGGAUAGAAGUUGGUUAGGGCGAGUUGUCAACAUUACCCCGUAUCUUGUCUAUGAUUUUACCGAAAUCAUUGACGCAUUUGCGUUUUUGUUUGAAUUGGAGGAGGAAGCCAUUGACGAAGGAAAACCCAAGAAAAAGAAAAAAGACGAUGACAUUGCGGACAUAUCAGAACAAGAAUAUAAGAAGUUGAAAGCAGAAGGGAAACCAGUUGCGAAAUCUUAUUAUUUAGAAUAUAUAACCCGUUAUAGAUUAAGGAAAGAAAAAGAAAAAGCCCCCGUAGGAAGUUUGACGGGACUUGCCAUUGAUAAACAAAAAGAACUUGCCGACGGACUAAUUAAAGGAUGA